AUUUUCCAAGCAUGUUGUCACUACAGAGCCACCUAGCGGCGGCCCUUCGAGGGUCUUUCCUAUUUGAGUGAACAUCAUGGGGGAGAUAAAGGUGAAAAAGACUGUCAAACCAGGCACUGUUCGCUAUGGUAAACGUAAGAAGGUUGUUGCUGAGAAGCCCAAGACCUUUAUUACUAAACCCAUUGGUGGUGAGAAGAAUGGAGGUACACGUUUGGUCCGUGUAAAGCAGCUUCCCGCUUACUAUGCUACACAGUUGAACCCCAAGAAGAGGACUAAGCAUACCAAGACCAGAAGCAGGGCUCUGCGGUCAUCCAUCACUCCAGGGACAGUCUGCAUCCUCUUGGCAGGAAGCCACAAGGGAAAGAGAGUGGUAUUCCUGAAACAACUGGCUAGUGGUCUGUGCCUAGUGACUGGACCCUUCAAGAUCAAUGCUUGCCCCCUGCGACGUGUCAAUCAAAUUUAUCUAAUUGCUACUGCCACCAAGGUUGACAUUAGCGGUUUUGGUAUUCCCAAGCAUCUUAAUGACCAGUACUUCCGCCGGGUAAAGGCAAAGCGAGCCAAGAAGGAAGAAGGUGAUAUUUUUGAGAAGAAGCAAGAGAAAUAUGUUCCAUCCAAGGAUCGCAAAAAGGACCAGGCUGUGGUUGAUGGGAUGAUUUUGUCUGUAAUAAAGAAGAGGCAAGAUAGGAAAAUGCUCUUCGGUUAUCUGGGCACUCCUUUCACUCUCAGGAAUAGAAUGUAUCCCCAUAGAUUGACAUUCUAAAUAAAUGAGAUACUGA